AUGAAGCCGCCGUUGAUGCCUGCCAUUCUGUCAUUUUACCUGUCUCAACAAGUGGAACUCUGUAUCCCAGUCAACGUUAUCUUCAUUCUUACAGAGGGUGUUGGAGAGUUACAGACUGAUGUAACAAACAUAAAAGAGAGUUUUGGAGAGUUUCAAACUGAUGUUACAAGUCUGAAAGAGGAUGUAGAAGAGAUAAAAAAGACAAACGAAAAAUAUAGUACUCAAGUUCUAUCACUUGGAAGUCCGUGCAACCUGAAUGCCUCGACCGGAAAGCAAUCAACAGUAACUUUCCCGGCCGGUAUAUAUACCCCAGUGACAGUUGAAGAGCGAUCGAAACUAAUAUGACGACCAAAUGCUUUUAUAAAUUCAUGUCAGUUAUGAUACACAUCGUAUAUGGCAACUCUCAGCGAUCAAUUAAGAAUACACUUCUUUGAUCUGUGACGUUAAAUGAAGAGCAUGAUGUAAUGUUUUCCUAUAGAAAAAAAAAAACAAUAAUUCUAUCAACAUACCCAAUUAUAAAUAUUAUGUUUUUAAUUAUUGACUUUAAAGUUGUCUUUACCUACGCAUUUAGAAAUAAAUAAGAACAAUCCAAACGUAUAAAAGAGUUUGACA